UUAACAAUUCCGUUGUAAAUAAACGAGUGGUAGAGACGUUCAUGAUAGUGAAAUUGCUGCGAAGAAAUCUAAUGAACACAGGCACCCAUUACUCCACUUUCUAUUGAGGCUGUUGUGGCUACGUUGAUGUCAUUCCUACCCGCCAGUUUGCUGCCAGCCACGAGAGUCAGACUGUGUCGUGUCACACAGGUAGCUUGUGGCCAAUGCCACAGGCUCGACCUGCCGAGAGACGUGGACCAUCAACACCGGAAAGAGUUAGCUUUAACAGAACUCUCUAGUCCGGCCGGGGUUGUUGGACUGCAGGGUGGGAGCUCGUGGAUUCACCGUCAGUGAAAGUUGUCAUGGCGGAGUUGAAUAAAGAGGUGGUGGAUUUGGUUUGGGGGAGACCUUCCAGUGGAGGAGUGUCUGCCUCCAUCUUCCGUAGAUGGACACAAGGAUUUGUUUUUAGUGAGAAUGAGCACACAGCACUGGAGCAGUUUGAAGGAGGGCCUUGUGCUGUCAUUGCACCUGUCCAGGCUUUCUUCCUAAAGAACAUUCUCUUCAACAGAGAAAGUCCCAACUGGAGACAGAUGUCAGAAGAGGAGCAGAAAACAGCACUGUGUACCACACUGAGUGAAAUCCUGGAGUCUGCCUGCUCUAGCCCCACCACAGAGUUCUGCCUUGUGACCUGGGCUAAGGGACAGAGCCCACAUACUAGCACCCAAACUAACACACAGACACAGUCGCAAACACAGGAUAUGCCAGAGAGCAGCCAGCCAUCACAGGAGCAGCAGCAGCCCACUGCUUUGGCUGCUAAGGACCUUGGCUUUGAGCAGUUUCACAGUGUUCUGCAUAAGCGGACCGUAGUGUCUGUGUCUGGUCUCAGAGAGGAGGUGCUGUCUCUCUACCACACCUGGAGAGGGUGCUGUGGAGUCUUGCUUUUCCUCUACUCUGUCAUCCUCACCAAGGGCAUAGAAAAUAUAAGAAACGAGAUCCAGGACACGAUGGAGCCACUCAUUGACCCUGUGCAUGGCCAUGGAAGCCAGAGCCUGGUGAACCUCCUUGUGACUGGCCAUGCUGUCUCUAAUGUCUGGGAUGGAGACAGAGAGUGCUCUGGCAUGAAACUGCAUGGUAUUCAUAAGCAAGCAUCCGUUGGCUUCCUUACUCUUAUGGAAUCACUUCUCUACUGCAAGGUCGGGGCAUUCCUCAAGUCUCCAAAGUUCCCUAUUUGGAUCCUUGGCAGUGAAACUCACCUCUCUGUGUUUUUCACAAAGGAGAUGUCCCUGGUAGGCCCGGAGUCGCCGUCAGAACAGGCAAGGAGGGUCUUUCAGUCAUUUGAUCCUGAAGAUAAUGGCUUCAUCGCAGAGUCUCUGCUGGAGGACGUGAUGAAAGCCCUUGACCUUGUCUCAGAGCCCGAGUAUGUCAGUCUGGUGAAGAGUAAGCUGGAUCCAGAGAGUUUGGGCAUAAUUCUCCUGGGCCCGUUCCUACUGGAGUUUUUCCCUGAUCAGGAUUCAGGAAUCCCAGAGUCAUUUCCUAUCUUCCACUACAAUGGGCUUAAACAGUCCAAUUACAACGAGAGGGUAGAGUAUGUGGAGGGCACGGCUUUGGUGCUUGGUUUCGAGGACCCCAUGGUUAGGACGGACGACACUCCUGUCAAGCGCUGCCUACAGACCAAGUGGCCCUACAUUGAGCUGCUGUGGACCACCGACCGCUCCCCGUCAUUGAACUAGUACUACCAUGGUCUCUGUGUCUGUGGAUGGGGAGGGACCACUACUACAACACACACUCACACACUACCCAUCUCUUGGCUUCUGCCCCGCACACUGACCCCUUUAAAGGUCAGCAGAAUGCGACAACUGACACACAUGUACAACAACUAUUUAAAAAAAAAACACAAAUGCACACACGAGACUGAAACAAAACAUUAUUCAUGGACUAAACUAAAAUGCCUGAGAUCCAUUGUGUCAUCCUCAUUCACACAUUCCACAAACAUGCAAAUUCACAUGUUACAGCUCAUGCUAUUGUAUGUUCACCAUGGCUUGUAAAUGACACACAGGAUGUUGAUGAUGUGAUUAUUUGAAAAAAGAAAAAAAAAAAAAAAAGCUGAAUGACUGUUUAUUUUUACAGCUCUGCUCUCAGUAGAAAGCUAUAAGACACCGUCGAGAGAGCAAAAUGGUUUGGUUCUAGUGUUAACCACAUGUACAGCCAGUCGACUGUGAAACACUUCUCUUACUCCAGCAACAGGACUAUUUGAGGGAAAAAUCUACCAAAGCCUUCCACAUAUAAGAACACAAGUAAACACACACACACACACACACACAGAGCUAAGCGUUUACAGCAUAAAGGGACCAACAGAAGGCACAGAGAGCUGAAGAUGUGAACAGGAAGUUCUGAAGCUGGUUUAGAUGCUCUGUUUAAGAGUGUGUGCAUAUACAUAGUGCACCACACUAGGAAGUUGGAUGAGUGCUCAUGUAUUUAUUAUCACACUCAAAGGUUCUGGAAUAAACACUUGUUUUUGGUUCACAGGCUGUGUUGCUUGCUGGAUUUAAAAUCA